AUGUCGCUGAACAAGUCGCUUCUUUUUGCCGCGUUGGGGCUUUUGGCCACCUUUGGAUUGAGUCAGGCGGAACGCGUUCACUAUGACAAUUAUCGUCUGUAUAAAGCCACUUCUGAGAAUGAAGAGCAACUGGCUGUGCUGAAGGAACUGGAGGGAUCCUCGGACUCCAUCAUAUUCCUGGAUGGUGUUCACCUCGUUGGGGCCGAUGUCCAGAUGGUUGUUGCUCCACACAAAGUGCCUGAUGUAUUGGAGAUUCUGGGCAAAGCUGAGAUUAAAUAUGAACUGCAGUCUAAGGAUUUCCAAAAGUCGUUGGAUGAGAUUGACGAGAAGGUGGCACCCAAGGGUCGCGCAGGCUCGGAAUACAAUUGGGGCCAGUACUACGAACUGGACGAUACGUAUGCCUGGAUGCAGUCCUUGGCCAAGCAAAACCCAAAGAUUGUCACACUGAUCGAGGGUGGUAAAACCUAUCAGGGUCGUUCAAUUCUGGGCCUGAAGAUAUCCAAGAGCGGCAGCGAGAAGCCCGGCAUCUUCAUCGAGGCUGGUAUUCAUGCUCGAGAGUGGAUCGCCCCAGCGGCUGCUACCUUUAUCGUCAACCAGCUGCUCACGUCAAAUGUGGAUUCUAUUAAGCAGUUGGCCGACAACUACAAUUGGUACGUCUUCCCCCAUGCCAAUCCUGAUGGCUAUGUCUAUACACACACCAAGGAUCGCCUAUGGCGCAAGACCCGUACACCUUAUGGCAGCUGCUUCGGCGCUGAUCCUAACCGCAACUGGGGCUUCCACUGGAAUGAAGUGGGCGCCAGCGACAGCGCCUGUUCCGAUACAUAUGCUGGACCCAAAGCGUUCUCUGAGAUCGAGACUUUGUCCUUGUCGAACUAUAUUGCCUCGAUCAAAGAUAAGAUUCAGCUCUAUGUCUCGCUCCAUGCCUACUCGCAGUAUCUGCUGUAUCCUUAUGGCCAUACAAAAUCGUUGCCCGAUAACGUUAAGGACUUCCAACAGGUGUUCAACGCAGCCAUAUCUGCUGUCUCCCAGCGCUAUAAUACAAAGUACACUGGUGGCAACAUCUAUGAUGCCAUCUAUCCGGCAGCUGGCGCCAGUGUUGAUUGGGCUUAUGGCACCCAGGGUGUGCGCAUGGCUUUCUGCUAUGAGCUGCGUCCCUCUUCCAACUCUUAUGCCACUGGAUUUAAGUUGCCUGCUUCCCAGAUUAUUCCCGCCAGCGAGGAGCUCUUGGACUCUAUUACCGCCAUGGUUAGUCAGGUGGAGAAAUUGGGCUAUUUCAAGUAAUAAUUUCUACAAUAAAGGACUCAAAUUUUAAAAGC